AUGAGUGGGAGGAUCCUCUCCCAUAGGCUAGCUCCGCUGUUGCGGAACGGUCACCUCGCUCGCCAUAUUCAUAAUGCAGGAUCAAGAACCGGUGGUCUGCUACGCGCAGAUAGUGGCGCUGCUCUCAGAGGACGAGCAUGGCCAAUAGGCUCGAAUGGUAUUCACAAUGUUCCAGCUGUUCGGUCAAUCUCAUUUGCUCGAAUGCUCCCAAAGCUGGCUAUGAAGCUUAUUAGAGUCCCGGCUAUGUUCGGGGGUGCAACUAUCGCCGGUCUGGCUUAUUUCCAGUACCAAGCAACCCAGGCUGGAAAUUAUGCGAUGGAUAUCUUCAAGCAAGCUUCGGAAACUGCGGGGAAUACAGCAUCGACUCUGUUUCAAGGACUGCAAGGUGUAGCGGAUCAGACACAACGUGGAUGGAAUAAAACCACCGAAGACAUCGAAAUACCCGAAUGGUUGCAGAAAAUUCUCCGUGUUGACGAAGAGUCCGAAUCUCGAAAGCGCAAUUCGUCUGGUGGAGAUGGGAGUAAAGAACCCAAGCAAAGUCGGGCUGGGGCAGCUGCCGCCGGCGCCGCUACAACAACUGCAUUUGGUUACGAACAGUCUGGUGAGGAAGAUGUACGACCGGAAAAGGAUGCUGCGGAGGAUGAUCAGAUGAUGCUUCUUACCCGCAAAAUGAUCGAAAUUCGGAACAUCCUUCAGACAAUCGGCCAGUCGGGCACCCUCACUCUUCCAUCGAUCGUCGUGAUUGGAUCCCAAUCCUCCGGCAAAAGCUCGGUCCUUGAAGCAAUUGUCGGUCAUGAGUUCUUGCCCAAGGGGUCAAACAUGGUGACUCGGCGACCCAUUGAACUCACGUUAGUCAAUACUCCCAACGCCCAGGCAGAAUAUGGUGAAUUUCCAGCUCUGGGUCUCGGAAAAAUCACGGAUUUCUCCCAAAUUCAGCGCACACUCACGGAUUUGAACCUUGCUGUCCCCGAGAAGGAUUGUGUCACAGAUGAUCCCAUCCAACUCACAAUCUAUUCACCCAAUGUUCCGGAUCUUUCGAUGAUCGAUCUACCGGGCUAUAUUCAGGUUGCAGGCCAUGACCAACCGCCCGAGCUCAAGCAGAAAAUUGCGGAUCUUUGUGACAGAUACAUUCAGCCGCCAAAUGUCAUCUUGGCAAUUUCUGCUGCCGAUGUUGACUUGGCAAAUUCCACAGCACUCCGAGCCAGUCGUCGUGUCGAUCCCCGGGGCGAACGUACCAUUGGUGUGAUUACAAAGAUGGACCUUGUUAGCCCCGAACGCGGACACGCCAUCCUGUCUGAUAAGAAAUACCCCCUUCGGCUUGGUUACGUGGGUGUCAUCAGCCGCAUCCCUCAGACCAACGCGCUCUUUUCCAGAGGUUCCGGAAAUAUCACCAGCGCCAUUCUCAAAAAUGAGCAUGCAUACUUCUCCGCCCAUACGGGUGAAUUCGGGCCUCACUCAGACGUCUCAGUCGGUGUAUCGACAUUAAGGAAGACUCUGAUGCAGGUUCUUGAGCAAACCAUGGCCUCUAGCUUGGCUGGAACGAGAGAUGCCAUCAGCCAAGAGCUUGAAGAAGCGACUUACGAAUUUAAGGUCCAGUAUAAUGACCGGCCUUUGAGCGCGGAGUCCCACUUGGCCGAAAGCCUCGAUGGGUUCAAGCACUCUUUCAAGGCCUUUGCGGAAGGUUUCGGUCGACCACAGGUCCGGGAGAUGCUCAAAGCAGAAUUGGACCAGCGAGUCAUGGAUAUUCUGGCGCAGCGUUACUGGAAUAAGCCGGUCGAGGACCUGGAACCCCCAAUGUUGGAGCUCGAUCCCCUCAAAGAUCUCCCCAAGGCCGAUCCCGAGUCGCUUUACUGGCAUCGGAAGCUUGACGCUUCUACCUCAUCAUUGACAAAGCUUGGAAUCGGUCGACUGGCCACCACUGUUGUCGCCAAUGCUCUCAACAACCAUGUGGACUCACUACUGGCGUCGUCCACCUUUGCAUCUCACCCUGGUGCUCAUAAGCAGAUCACCGAUGCGUGCACUAGUAUUCUCAACGACAGAUUCUUCAGUACCAGUGACCAAGUCGAAAACUGCAUCAAGCCCUAUAAGUUUGAGAUUGAAGUCGAAGACCCUGAAUGGGCCAAGGGUAGAGACAACGUGGGCAGAGUUCUCAAGGAAGAGCUCAAGGCCUGCGACUCAGCUAUGAAGCAUGUGGAAGACGCCGUUGGUAAGCGAAAGCUCAAGGAUGUCAUUGCGUUCAUCGACAGAGUGCGAAAGGGUGAAGUUGUAUUGGAAGGCAAUGGCGAGGGUGGUGCAGGUGGCUUCAGCGCCGCCUUGUUGGAGAGAGGACGAGAGGGUCUGUUCCUUCGUGAUCGAGCUGAUCUCAUCAAAAUGAGACUCAUGGCCGUUCGAUCCAAGCAAUGCGCCACAAAAAAGAACAAAUACUACUGCCCUGAGAUAUUCCUGGAUGUGGUAGCUGACAAACUCACCUCAACCGCCGUUCUGUUCCUCAACGUCGAGCUAUUAUCCGAAUUCUACUACAACUUCCCACGCGAGCUUGACUCCAGACUUGGCCGACACCUUUCGGACGCUGAGGUCGAACGUUUCGCCCGCGAAGAUCCCCGUAUCCGUCGCCACCUGGAUAUCAUCCGCAAAAAGGAGCUGCUGGAGCUGGCUCUGCAGAAGAUUGAAAGCAUCCGCCAGCUUGACGGCCGCAGCCGAAAGCCCGAGCGCGCGCCUCCUGGAAAGGAAACGCGCAGCCGUUGGAAUCUGUUUUAG